CUGUGACCUAGCUCUGAGGAACAUCAUGGUCAACAGGUUUCCAUGGGAGGUAAAACUGGCAGAGUUCGGUCUGGCCCGAGACUUGACCCGCAUGGCGAGCCGCCGCCGCAGCAGCCGUUGGAGAAACCAAAGAACCCGCGUGCCGCUGCGCUGGUACCCUCCUGAAUACUUCAAGAACAACUACUACAGCUUCAAAGGAGACGUAUGGGCGUUCGGCAUCGUGCUGUGGGAGAUGCAGACCUUUGGAACGUUACCGUACCCAAACCUGGAGACAUCAGAGGAGGUGGUCUUCCACAUCUGCAUGGGUCAUAAGAACACCAACCCUGAAGGAUGCAGAGCUGAAAUGUAAGCAGAACCCGUCAGGAUGGCGGAUGUCAACAGGUUUUACUAACCUUUAAAAAGUUACCUCUGUGCUUCGUGUUAGAUUGAUGGCUAACUGGAUUUAAAUCAGCUUAGAAGGUUUUUAUGGUUCAACUUCAUGUCAGGACAGUCCCUUCAUCAGCUGAUUAGCAAUCUGGUUAAAGAUUAUGGCUGUUAAACUGGGACAGAAACUGUUUUUUUAAUCUCUGGCAAGAAAGCUCUGGAUUUACCGAUGGAUCUACGUUCUCACCCUCACCUAUAAGCAUGAGAUCUGGGAAACGACCCAAAGGACAAGAUGGCGAAUACGAGCGGCCAAACUGAGUUUCCUUGGCAGGGU